GCGUGCAUAAACAAAGCAGCAGAAGAAAGAAAGGACUAAUCAUCAUCCAAAGUUGCAAAAAACCGAACCAAAUUCGUAUCUAAUUUAUAUUUUUUCCUCGAAUUCUCUAAUCUUUCCUUCAAUAUCACACCUCCUAAGAAAAAACAAAGUAGUGUUUGAAGGAUUUUAUUUUAGGGUUUCUCUGAAAUCUUCUCUGUAGAUUACUAUUUCUCCGUUUCGUUUAAGGAGAAUGGAUUCGUUUCAGGAUGGUAAUUGGAACAUCCUGGAUUACAAUUUAAUCGAGGAAGCACCAUCUACAGAUUUUAUUUGGAAUAAUCAGAGUUGUUGCCUGGACUUUGAUGUAUCACCUGCUGGCACUGUAGCCCAAGAAAAAGGAUGCCCACGGAAAAGGGGCCGAAAUGAGCCUUGCAAUGGACCAGGAUCUAAAGCUUGCCGUGAGAAGAUGCGGAGGGACAGGAUGAAUGACAGGUUUUUAGAUUUGAGUUCCAUUUUGGAGCCGGGCAAACCUCCUAAAACAGACAAAUCUGCCCUACUCUGUGAUGCCAUUCGUGUUCUGAAUCAGCUUAAAGCUGAAGCUCAAGAGCUUAAGGAGGCAAAUGAAAAGCUUCAAGAGGACAUAAAAAAUUUAAAGGCAGAGAAGAAUGAGCUACGUGAAGAGAAGCUUCUGCUCAAGGCAGACAGAGAAAAGAUGGAGCAACAGGUGAAAGCCUUAACUGUUCUACCUGCUGGUUUUGUACCACCACCCCCAGUUGCAUACCACUCUGGAGCAAACAAGAUGAUGGCAUUCCCAAGUUAUGGAGGGUUCCCCAUGUGGCAAUGGAUACCCCCAGCGUCCCUUGACACAUCCCAUGAUCAUGUGCUCAGGCCUCCUGUUGCCUAGAAACUACAAAGGGCAUCAAAGCUUAAAUCAAUCCCAGUUGGUUAUGCAGAUGUCAGAAACAGUAGCUCUCCUACAUGUAAAUAAUUCUUAAUUAUGACUUGACUUUCUAAUGUCUGAUUUUUAGAUUGAUAGGCAAGGAUUUUUGGUGAAACUGGCAAGGAAUGCCCAUUCUCUGUUAUUUAUUUCUUCGAUAAUAUUGAUCGAUAUAUCUGUUUGUCUCAA